UCUGUACUUACUUGGCAUCCUGCCAUCCCUCCACAUGAUUCUGGUACGUUCUACGAUGUUCCGGACUAUUCUAGACAGCGUCCGGAUUACUCGCAUUACUCAGCCAUGGACUAUCUGACCUUAUGUCGAUUAUGCUCCCUUACUCAGCGUUACUCAUCGCUCAGUCAGCGUCCUCUGGACGUCACAUGCUCUCUUCUUAUACGCUUACUCAUCGUCCUCCCCAGUAGUAUAUAAGGAGGACUCUGCAGGCCUCUGCUCUUCAGUCGUUCUCUCACAGACUGAAGAGUAAGUCCCACACUACCUAUGCUUCCUUACAUGUUUACUUACUAGUACUUGUAGCCUCUCUUUGUGCGGCUUACAGGUACAGUACUAUGCAAUCAUAGUCGUUCUCUC